AUGGCUUAUUUUUCGUUGUCGACACGCGCUGUGUCUGUUUCUGAUCGAUCAAUAUCGACCCCUGAUCCCCAAAUCGAGACACUUUAUAGUGUCGAUGGCGCUCGCAUCAUAUCUUUUUCAAUACCGUCGCAAAUUUCAUCGCGACUAGGCUCGAGUAAUGGAUCUGCGAAGGAAAACACCGAGAUUGGUUCCUCUUUGAGGUGGUCGUCCCCUGGGGAAAGGACAAUCGCCGUUGGCACUUUGCGCAUCUAUAGAGCUCCCGAAUCUGUUGCGUUUUUCAAUUGUCAGAAAGCUUUGAAGCCGAUAUUACCUCGAAGUCAAUGUUGGUUUGUCUCGGACGACGGAUCUAGCAAAUUCGUGCUGCAAGUACGAAGGCUGCAGGAGUACUGGCGAAUCGAGAUAAGCAACACAACUCCCGAAGAGAUUAAGCAAGGAGAAGAACUCAAGAAUAUAUUGGCGCAAGUGUUGUUAUAUGAAAAGACUCCUUGUCCAUUUCAAAGAACAUUUUCAGUUGAUCUGCCGAUUGCUCUGCAAAUACCUACCACGCAAAAAUCGUGGAAGCCAGUACAAAGAUCAUCAUCUAGAAUUCCUUUACCUAGGGGUGACCUUUAUCCUAUUGCUUUGAAGUCAACCUCGUUGACCUCAAACUCGCCAAAGCUGUCAUGCAGAAGAACCCGCUCUUCUUCCCCACUUCAGACUUCAGCACUGCAUCGAUCCGCAGCCAGCCCCACAGAGACAUGCAUAUCAGACCUGCAAUUCCAAGAAGAAGCGCCAGAAACAUCUGUAGCCAAAUCUACGAAUCCAACAAUACACUCCCCAACAUACCCAAUAAUAAGUCGUGCAGUCGAACCUCAUCCAACAGAAUAUGGUGAAGCCUCAUCAGAAUCUAUACUUACUGCCUUGACCCGUGUAGAGGUUGGUGAAGGUGACGCAACGUACGACUCUAAUGCUACAGUUAAAACUCCCGCUCAAUCGCCACGUUCGCAAUCACUUCCUGGCUCCAGAAGUCCCCCACAAGUUUUACAUCACUGUAGUCGAUCAAUCACAGCCCCUCCUGUCCUCUCUCUAGUCACAAGUCCACCCUCAAAGCGUCGAAACAGGUCUCCAGUGGGCAAGAUUACGGUCGCUGACCUCGAUUCUGAGCUUUCAUCAAGCGUCGAUUCGUUUCACUCUACACAGUCAUGGCACUCUCCACUUGACGUACCACCGUCACCGCCCUUGUCCGGUCCACCUUCACCUAUCACUUUUCCAUACCCCCAUGAUAAUAUUGUCCUUCCAAAGAAAGUACACCCUACGCAAGCAGUUUCACAGCUUAAUGUAACCCCCGAGACACACGGAGUAUGGCACACACCUUCACUCAUUAGUACAUCUCCUCGAAGUUUGUCACCUGCUCCAAAGACACCGACUUUGGUCAAUGAUUGCGGCAAGUCUGAAGAUGAAGCCUUUGAGGCCACUACUCCUUCACCACCAAGGUUGAGACAACGUGGUACUACAGGUAGCAACUCACGAAGAAGAACACUAUCCCCUCUCCCUGCUGCAGUAAACCUGUUUUCUCCACCACCAGGAUCACGGCGACUACAAACCUCUCGACAUCUUCCAACGGCCAUCAUCCAAAAGACUUGCGAAAUUCUUUUGAGUCCUCCAAGUCAUUUACUGCAAGUGAUGAUUAACGUUGCAUCUAAAAUCGCAGCGGGUGAAUGGAGAGGGGUGCUACUUGGUGAAGGAGAGGCUGUACAUUGGGAUUUCACCGAAGACGAAUAUCAUGGCGAAAGUUGGACUGAGGAUGACUUUGGAUUUAGUCUCACACCCACGUCUUCAAGACGAAGGGAGCUUUCCUCACAAUCCAAGAAGGAUACGACUUCCGGCGAGAGUUGGGAAAUCGAUUAG